AUGGCAGCUAACGCCAUCGCCACUGGUCUUUGCUCUUACCCGACCGUCUGUGGCACCGCCGAUGACACCUAUUAUCGGGAAGAGGCGCAGCGCCUGAUGGGCAUAUUCACAACGGUCUCGUCACAAGCCCGAGAAUCCAACCCAAAGUUGGUCACUCACGGCCACACGACGUUUCACCUGGGAUCAAAGGGGGGUGGUUGGCAAGAAUCUUGUUCCGUCAACAUCAACAGACAAGAUACCUCCCCGUCCUCUUCCCCUGCUCAGCGAGUCAAACAACCUUCCUUUCCCAACCCCAACCAACAGCCACGCCCGGUGAGCAGUCACGAGCUCCCUCGAAAUCCAAGUCUACGAAAAGUAGUGGCGAUCCCGAAUGCAACCAAAAACGCCCAAGGUCAUUCGUCCACCUCAAAGUCUUCUUUCCUUGACACCCAACCUGGAAAAUCCACCCUGCUAUCGCCAUCAAUCACGCCCACAGAUAAUAUGACUGCACCUACUCGACGCUCCAGUCGGUCAAGGACCACGCCAGCAAACUACUAUGCGCGUAUCCGCUUGUAUGAGUCUUCCGAAGACUCGCUUCCGAGUACUCGCAGGCCCUCUUUAAGCCAUUCGACAUCUGAAACUUCUCUGCAGUCCCGCACUUUGACACCCGCAUCUAAACCCAUUUCACACGAUGCGACAACGGAAGCCAGGGAUUUACCCGUCCGGCGGCCGGGCUUUCUGAACGUCCAAAAGCUUCUCAGAGACCGCGAAACUGGCUGUGCUGGAAAACAACGUCAGAUUCACAGCCAAAUAUCCUCCGACUAUCGACUUGUCAAGCAAUGGAAGGGUGCCUCAAAUGACCUGAAUGUUUUGGUCUGGUCCCCGGAUUGCACCAGAUUCGCAGCGGGUGCUACCGCUCAAUCAGACGACUUGAACAUGCAGUACAACCGAGUGAACAAUCUGGUUUUGGGUGAUCUGCCAACGAAUUCUUUGAAGGAAUUGCCGGACCAUUGGAUUCCUCGGCCGGUUCGGGCAGAUGCAGCAAGCUCGAAUUUUAAUGAUCAUCGCCUCUUUAUGAGCGUAUCUGACAUGCAGUGGAUCGGCGACCGGCUCUACACUGCGAGUUUUGACCGAACAGUCAAGAUCUGGGAUGUUGGAACGCACGGAAGAGUCUCUUGCCUUCAGACCUUGGGACAUGAUACAAAGGUGCAGGUAAUGGCUCGCUCACAUCUUGAGUCUAAGAUUUUGGCGUCUGGCACGGAUUCUUUCAGGAUCUGGGAUACACUAGAUCUUGCGAACCCCACAUACAAACUUCUUGAUAUCGACCCUCUGAAGGCCAGCAUUGGCUUAGAGCCAAGUGCCCUUGUAUGGGGGCAUACUGCGCAAACCAAGGACCUUUUGGUCGGCGGCAUGUCCGGAAAGGCUUCUGAUGAUUACGACAUGGUCAAUCACGGCCAUUUGGCAAUGUGGCGGGCUGCUGAAUCCCGUAUGGAGCCCAUGCAGCUAACUCCGAACUCACAGAACGUCUUCACUGUUAAGUGGCAUCACUCGCUUCCUAUGUUCGCGACUGCAAGUUCCGAAUCUAAGCACAAAGCCGUGACUUCAGGUGCUCCCAGAGAUACUAAAUCGGCUGUGCGCGUAUACGACCCGUUGAGAGUUAGAUGGGCUAGCAUGGAAUUCUUUUGUCCGGCAUUAGAUGUCAAUGAAGUGACGUUUUGUCCGAUGGAUUCGAUCUACAUUACUGCCAGCUGCACGGAUGGCAAUACCUACGUGUGGGACAACCGCAACCCACGACAUCCCCUCCACCAACUAAGCCAUGGACUUCCGCUCAGCCCGAUUGACUCAGAUCGUCCUCGAGAAGAAGUGGACUUCGGCGUUCGCGCUGCACUGUGGGGUUGUACAAUUGACCAAUUUUUUUCCGGUGCUUCGGAUGGCCUCUUGAAGCGAUGGGAUAUCCGCCGGUCCUGCGAAGAUGUUCUCGUCGAGGAUACCGCCACUCUGAAAGAGGGCAUUGCGUGCGGUGCGCUCUCAGAGGAUAAAUCCCAGUUUCUUAUUGGGGGUAGCGAAGGGGGAAUCCAUGUCCUGUCUACUGGUGCAUACUCUGACCCAGAUGAUAUCGCCUUCCGUUUCGAAUGGGCUGCACAGCCGCAAGACGACGAAGUUUCUGAGUCUAAGGCGAAAGCCUCCGAGUCUGGGGUGAAAGCCUCCAAGGAUUACGUUGCGUCCGGCCAGCUCUAUCGGCAUCACAAGUUUGGCAUGGGGCAAGGGCCGCACUAUGAAGGUCCUUACGCCCGCUGGGCCCGCGGCCUUGACGAAGACAAGCCCAAACCGCAAAACAUCAAGUCACUCCCGAUUCUGGGCAAAUGGCGAAUCCGUCAGCUUUCUGGGGGCCGGGCGAAACACCGAGAUGGCCUUGAUCCGAAAUCAAAGAAAGAGAUCGACGCGCGCAGGCUUACUGCUCAAAUCCUAAAUGGUCGACGACGCUGGAAACACGGCGUCGAAGGACAGAAGGUUGAAUUUGAACCCGGACCCCGUCGUACCAAGAAGAGAAAGCGCCGCUCUCCCGCGUUUAUCAAUCUUGUCAGUGGCGAGGAGGAUAAUGUCAAGGCCAAGAAGAUGAAGAAAAAGAAGACGACGUUGAUCAAGAAUACAGCCUGGGUCGAUCUAACUAGCGUCUCGGACACGGACGAGGCGGAUGCGUCGCAACCGGUGGAAACAGCUCAGCCAAUAGCGGUGGCCGCGCCUGAGAGUUGGCGGGACGACUCCGAGGAGGAUUAUUGGUGGCCCGACAGUGGAAUAAUUGACCCGAACUGCCGCAAGGUAGUGGUUUAG